GUUGGAAAUUAAAAUAAUUUAAAAAGAAUACCCCCCCAAAAAAAAAACCCAAAAACAACCACCCAAAGGAAGACCUAAUUCUGAAGUAAUGAGGCCAUUACUCUGAACUUCUAACAUGCUUUAACUCAGAAGCAUUUUCCCUUACAUUGCUUCUCCAGCAGUAUGGCAGAGUCCUUCUGUGACACUGAAAGCUCUUUACUGAAUGCUUAUUUUUCCUGCGAAGUAGUGUUGAGAGUGUAGAUAUUUGUAGGUAGAUGUUUGUAUACGUGGGGGGCAUUUUCAAUCGCAUGAAGGAGUGGCAGGACAGAAAUCAUGUGCUUUUUCUUUGUCAACAAAUGGACACUGGAGUGUUAUCUUGUUAUUCUGUGAAUGAGAUAUCAUAAAUAAAGUAGGGAUAGCUUGUGCAUUUGUGUCCUUGGUGAAAUUGUUAACUCCUGACCAUGUUCUCGUUUCCUAUGUGAAGAGUCCUCCUUUUAUUCCUGCCUUUGUGCUCAAUUGUGAAUUACUAAGGCUAACACUUGUGUUGUAGGCCUGUUUAACAGACAUUCUGCCUCACUGGAAUAUAUACCUUUUCUUCAAUAGAACCUAAUUGGAGAGACUUGAGUGGACUUUAGUUUGCACUUCAGACACUGUUUUGCUCUGACAGCCAUUUUGAAGAAUUUCUUCAAAGGAAAUUCUGAGGAAUGUGUUAGAAGCAAAAACCCUUUCAUUUUUUCCUAAUGCUGUCUGUAUUGUCAGUAAUCUGUUGUAUCUUUUAUGGAGGUGCUAUUCUGCUAAUGGUUGAAAGAAUAUAAAUGUCUGCAAAUAUAAGUCUGAUUUCUUUUGAAUAAUUGCAUUUAUGAAAGGAGAGCUUUAUUUCUUGGUUGUAGCCAUCAUGCUAUAACCAAGUCAUUUUAUUGCUGGCUGAUGGUGUUUCCUGUCCCAGAUAGUUCAAAUAUUUAAAGCAACUUUAAAUGGAAUCACCAGAAUUUGUAGUCUGUGUGUCAAGAUGCUUGGAAGUUAGUCUCAAAGUGCUGUUAAGUGCUGCAGCAUAGGUUUGAAGUACUGUCCAUAGUCUUUGGAUCCGUACUGCCACCAAGUGGAAGUGGGGAGACGUGAUCAGAAAAACAGAUGCCUAAAUUAAGGGAAAAAAGCAGAGGUUUCUGGUUUCCACCAAGAGAAUUCUUUGUUGUUCAUUCUUUAAUAGAAAGUAUGAGAGUUGUUUCCUCUCUUUGCUUAUGGGAGAGGAAUCAACAAGGCAUUGGCAUCAAUGUGGUAUAGUGCUUUGUUUCCUUUGUGUAACUGAGUUUGAAGAUCAGAGCAGCAUGACCUAAUCACUCACUGUGGAGUUCUGUGAUAACAUUUUUUUUGAAACCUUUCCCAUCUCCUCCUUCAGUCAGUGGAAAAAGCUGUCUUCCUAUUCCUAUUUAGCUUGCUUUCUGUUAGGUGGACACUAAAUUUCUGUCCCAUGUGUCUUGAACUACCUCAAUUGGUCAAAUCAUUACUGUAUCUGUGAUUCCUGGGGAUUGACAGUCUUGCUCACUUCUAUUAUCUUCUCAUGUCAGAAAUCAUGGAUACUUCAUGCAUUUUCACAAAGAUGUGUGUGCAGAUGUGCUCAAAAGGUGUUUCAUUUUCAUUGGUUAUAGUGGGCUUGAAUAUUGAUCGGUCUUUCUUUGUUCUGUCUGUUGGACAGCUGUUCAAAAUGUAGAUGUAAGCUGAUAACAUUGAAAUUCUCUUACAGUUGUGGGACCGUCUGCCUCUUUGUAGAAUUCUGUCCCACAUGUUGUGAUUCCCCUUAGCUUAUGGAGAGAAAUUGAAGCUAGAAAUUCCUUGUUUUUAAGUAAUGUUGCUUUCCUGAAAACUUGGCUCAAAAAUCCUCUUCAAAGUCUGGCAUAAAUUGGAAGUUCUGCAGCACUGGUUUUAUCACCAAUAUGUCUUAAUGUUUAACUUUUACUGAAAACAGUAUGUCCAGUAAAAUUGUUGCAGUUUGUUGUGUAUGAAACUAACAUGUUACAAACUGUGCUGCUAAUAGGUGUAUUGUUGGAACAGAAAGAUUCUUGAAGAACUGCAUUGUUUCCUUUUUGUUCACGUAGCUUAGAGUGUGUACUUUUUAAAAUAUAUUGCUUGUAGCUCAACUGUGACUCUUUUAAAACUGUGACCAAAAAAGCUUUUAUGGUAUUUUACUUUUCUUCCUGCUCCAGCACAUAACAUUAGAAGAAAUCCAGCUGGUGAAGCAUAAUGAAAUAGAUGAACUAUUGUAUUUGUUGGCUUUUAUGAAUAAGGUAGUAUUCAUUUACUGCUGCAUUCUAAUCAUGGAAUUCAGGUAAUGGAGGUUAAGUAAGCCCUGGAGUAUAAUUAGAAAACAAAUUUGUUGCUUGCAAACAGAGUACUGUGAAUUGGAUUCUUGGCUCUUAUUUGGGAAGGAGGUUUAAAUGUUAAUUUUAUUACCUUCUAGCUUAAAAUACAGCAAAGGUUAAAUAAAUACGGAGCAGAAAAAAUCUAGUAGUGUGACCUAUAAAAGUAUAAAUGGCCUAGUGUUCUCUUCUGUUUGCACUUUCUCAGCAGCACUAAGUAAUUUCAUGCUAGUCUGGUAGUGUUUUGUACUGUACAUACGUAUUUAUACUGUAUAUAUGGCUUCUGUAUUCACAAGUACAUGCAUAUCAAAUAUGUUUAAAAAAAAAAAAAAAAGAGAAGGGGGUGAACACACACACAAAAUAAAGGAAAAAGAAAAAAAAUAUUGAAUAGCAAGAUUGCCUUUUUUCAGACGUCCCACUAGAUGCCAGCAAAGGACCUUUCCAGAUGAUGAGACAUUGAAACAUUUGUAGGAACUCUCAGUCCUGUUAUUCUUUCAAGAGAUGACUGUAUAUUAGUUUCUUUAUAUGCUGUUCAUUUUGAUUGUUUUACUGGAAAAAAAAAAAAACAAACAACCAAAUCUUAGUAGUUAGCUAUGAAUGUAGAUGACAGCUUAUAUGUAAUUAUACAGAAUAGCUUUCUUCUGUAAUUGUGUUCAGUGACCAUAUUUAUCGUAGUGCAUAAUUCUCUCAGUGUUCUGCAGUUUAUGUAGCUGGGCAUACAUUUGCAUUCCAUAUCGAACUGUAAUGAAUGUCCACUUAUUCUGGGCUUCCAGCAAACAAGAUGGUAGUUUGCUUUGCACUGUAAGAAUAUUUUGUUUCUUUCUACCUUCAACAGCUGUAAUUUGGAAAGGUUAAAAUAUAUUAUUUAACAUGGCUGGAAGUAAGGCGUGCUGAAUUAUUAAUCAGAAUAUCUUGUUGCGCUUCAAAUUUAGAGGCAUCUCACUAAAAAAAAAAAUUAACUAAGUGGUAGGAGAGCUUUUCACUAUGUGGAAAUCUUUGCAAAGUGUGAUUGGUUAAACAGAAUGCAGAUCGUUAGGUAAUGCCAGGUUUCUUUCAAGUUUUGUUUAAAUAGCCUAGAAAAACUUUUUUAGGAGAAGGGUUAUUUUGCUGGUUUAUGCAUAAAUCAGACCUCAGCAGUUUGCUAGCAUGGCUACUAUUUGGAAAUUCAAUCCCAGACUUGAUACUCAAUUAUAUGGGAUUUCAUUCCUACCAACUUCCUGUAAUUCUAAACCUAUGGGUAAAAAUAUUAGUAGUCAUACGCUGCUGGGGAAAGUACGGGCACAUUGACUCAGCUAGUGCAGCUGCAGCAGAAGCUGCUGUUUUAAACUUGGAAGUGCUGGGAGGUUAUUAUUAUAUUCAUAUAUGCAAAUUGCAGAAGGUAUAAUUGAAACAAGGUUGAUAGUGUUUGUCAGUACAUUGCAGCUGAGGUCUCUGGAAUGUAAGUGCUUUAUAAAUGAAUGCUUUCUGACUGCGAGCAAUCAAAGACGGUCCAGAAGCUGCACUUCAACAAAUGGCUGACUGAUUUCAAGAGGUACAAUAUCUUUUUUCUUAACGCUACGAUCCUGUAGAAAUUAGGACAAAGUUUGCAACUUCUUUUAUGGGCUUUUACUGUUGUGAUGCACUAGCUCCAGGUUCUCUGCAGCUGCUUGUAGACUUUUUGCUGAAGGAUCUUUGUGGUUUUAAUUUGCUAAUAUGCAUGGAAAUGAGAACAAAUGGCACGACGGCUAAGAUUGCAUUUUGCAACCCAAAGAAGAAACACAGAUCUGUUAUCGGAAACCUCCGAAGAUGUUUUGGACAGUAGCAAUCAAACGUACUUCAAAAAGGCACAGAAUUCGGGACCUAAUGUUACACAAAUGAAGCUGGCUUCUAGACAAGUUGCUUGUGCACCUGUAAUGCAGCAAGUGAUUAAUCAAGAGGGAAAUGCAACUAUUCCUUCACUGCAGAAAAAAAAGAGCACGUCACUGCACAUUUCUCUGCAGUCUAGAAAGUAUAGUGGAUGUUUUCGGUCUGGUGAUGCUGCAGCUACUGGCGAAGAUGCUUCAUUCAUCAGUAUUUGUAAUGAAGGAAAUUGUGGCAUUAGAACUGUGGUUGAUCAUCAAGCUAACGAUAGCCAACUGAGCAAUACUGCUGUGUGCAUCGGCAGUCUUAACAGUACUGCAGCCAGUGACAAUGGGUCCUUCAGCAGUGCUGGCAGUGACUAUGGGUCGUGUGCAAGUACCGCGAGCGACGGAGGUUCGUAUAGUAACAGCAUCAUCAGUGACAGCGGCAGCGGCACUCUCUCGACAAGCGAUGGUUCUUUCUGUUGUAGUGUUGUACACAGUGAUUCUUCGUAUGGAAACGCUGCAAACAAAUGUAGCCCAUACAGAAACAGUUCAUCUCAGGAAGAAAUAGAAGUGUGUAGAAUUAAUACGGCUUUUGACCAAGAAGCUUUGUCAGUGAGGAAGAAAACUAAAGUUCCUCUGCGGCGGUGUUCAUCGUUGGUAAUUUUCCCCAGAAGCCCUUCCAGUACUCCUCCAGCAUCUCCAGUAACCUCAAAUCAGAUGCCACAUAGAGGUGCCUAUCAAACAUCACAUAAACUAAUUAUUUUUCCUAGUGAGCUGGCACAUAAGGAAGAUCAAACUGUUUCCAAGGGAUUCCUUUCAACAGCAGUCAAUGGACUUCGACUGUCUAAAACAGCUUGCGCAUCUGGUGAAGCUAGAGACAUAAGACCACUUUACUUGCAUACAUCAUUACAGGACAAAAAUCAAAUUUUGAACAGUUCUGAGCAGGCAGCUCGUGGAGAAAUAGCUGACAGCCUCUCAUGUAUUUCAGUUCAUCUGACUCCAAGAGCAUUUGCAUCAAGCAAUGAAAUGGUUAAUGGCUGUUGCAGUCAAGAGUUAAAUCUGAACUCCGGUGCAAAAUACCCUCCUUUAAAACUGGCACGCAGCACAUCUGCAUGUUUACCCUCAAAAAUAGAUUCAGAAUACCAGAUGAAUAUAAAUGAACUGGAAAGACCGAAUGCACAGAUGAGCAAAGCCCACCAUGUUUUGCAAAGAAGUGUUUCAUUGGAAGGAUCGCGUCAGAAAGUUUCUUGCUGUUUAUCCAGUCUUAAAUACAAGUGUCAUAAUGCAAGGACGUCUCAGUUGCACAUACAGUUCAAACCUGGGAACGAAGGAAAAACAAGUGGUGUUAAGAAAAGAUAUGGAACUUCUAAAAGGGAAAUAUCUAGCACUUCUUUGUGGAGGCCCCAUAAGACUCGAGAUGAUUUCCUUGGGCAAGUGGAUAUUCCCCUUUAUCAGUUACCGACAGAACAUCCAAGUAUGGAGAGACCAUAUACCUUUAGGGAUUUUGUUCUUCAUCCAAGAAGCCAUAAAUCAAGAGUUAAAGGUCACCUUAGAUUAAAGAUGACUUACUUACCUAAAAGCAAUGGAUCUGAAGAAGAAACCACAGAACAGGCCGAGGAAUUGGAGCCUGGGUGGAUUUUAUUGGACCAACCGGAUGCUUCUAACCAGCCACAACAGCAGCAGCAGGAAUCUCCUCCACUGCCUUCAGGCUGGGAAGAAAGACAAGACAUCCUUGGCAGGACCUAUUAUGUCAAUCAUGAAUUCAGAAGAACACAGUGGAAAAGACCAACUGCUCAGGACAAUGUAGCUGUAGCAGAUAUUGGUAACAUGCAGUUGGAGGCCCAGCACGCGUUCACUCAUAGGCGGCAGAUAUCAGAAGAUACAGAAAAUCUAGACAGCAGAGAUUCUCCUGAGAGCUGGGAAAUUAUAACUGAAGAUGAGGCAACUUUAUAUAGCAAUGAGAACCCUCAAAUACCUGUGCCACAGAACAGUUGUGAUAUACAGACUCAUCUUGCAGAAGAGCUGAAUACCAGGCUUACCACUUCUGGAAGUUCAGCUACUGGCCAGUCAGCAGCCUACACUAAUCAUUCCAGCAGAAGAGGUAGUCUGCAAACAUACAGAGUUGAAGAGCAGCCUGCACAUCCAGUGUUACUGCCUACUUCAUCUGGAUUACCGCCAGGCUGGGAAGAAAGACAAGAUGAAAAAGGGAGGUCAUAUUACAUAGAUCACAAUUCCAGAACUACUACUUGGAUAAAACCAGUUGUACAGAUUGCUAUGGAAGCAGGUCAGUUGCCAACUGCACAAAAUACUUCUAUAGCAAGACAGCCACAAGCAACAUCAGGUGAUUCAUCACAACAGUCUUCUAAUCAGCAGCCUGAAAUGGAGCAAGGAUUUCUCCCUAAAGGCUGGGAAGUUCGGCAUGCACCUAAUGGAAGACCGUUCUUUAUUGACCACAAUACCAAAACUACAACAUGGGAAGAUCCAAGACUGAAAAUUCCUGCUCAUCUGAGGAGAAAGACUUCCCUAGAUCCAGUAGAUCUAGGGCCAUUACCACCGGGGUGGGAGGAGAGAACACACACAGACGGAAGAAUAUUCUUCAUAAACCACAAUACCAAGAAAACACAAUGGGAGGAUCCUCGACUGCAGAACGUGGCAAUAACUGGACCAGCUGUGCCUUACUCCAGGGACUAUAAGCGGAAGUAUGAGUUCUUCAGAAAGAAACUGAAGAAACAGAGUGAUAUUCCAAACAGAUUUGAAAUGAAAAUUCAUCGCACAACAAUCCUUGAAGAUUCUUACAGAAGAAUUAUAGCUGUGAAGAGAGCAGAUUUCCUUAAAGCAAGACUUUGGAUUGAAUUUGAUGGUGAAAAAGGUUUAGACUAUGGAGGAGUGGCCAGGGAAUGGUUCUUCCUUCUCUCUAAGGAGAUGUUUAAUCCUUACUAUGGAUUGUUCGAGUAUUCAGCUACAGAUAAUUAUACUCUGCAGAUCAACCCGAACUCUGGACUGUGCAAUGAAGAUCAUCUCUCUUAUUUCAAGUUUAUAGGUCGAGUAGCUGGAAUGGCUGUUUACCAUGGCAAACUUUUGGAUGCAUUUUUCAUUCGUCCUUUCUACAAGAUGAUGCUCCAAAAGCCAAUCACACUUCAUGACAUGGAGUCUGUGGAUAGUGAAUAUUAUAAUUCUCUGCGAUGGAUUCUUGAAAAUGAUCCGGCGGAACUGGACCUCAGAUUUAUAGUUGAUGAAGAACUUUUUGGACAGACUCAUCAACACGAACUAAAAAGUGGUGGAUCAGAAAUAGUUGUCACCAACAAGAACAAGAGAGACUACAUCCAUCUUGUAAUUCAGUGGAGAUUUGUGAGCAGAGUACAGAAACAAAUGGCAGCCUUUAAAGAGGGCUUUUUUGAACUAAUACCUCAGGAUCUGAUUAAAAUUUUUGAUGAAAAUGAGUUGGAGUUACUGAUGUGUGGACUGGGAGAUGUGGAUGUAGCUGAUUGGAAACUACAUACAAAAUACAAAAAUGGCUACAGUAUAAAUCAUCAAGUAAUACAGUGGUUUUGGAAGGCAGUCUUAAUGAUGGAUUCUGAAAAGAGAAUAAGAUUACUACAAUUUGUUACUGGCACGUCACGUGUACCUAUGAAUGGGUUUGCUGAGCUUUAUGGUUCAAAUGGACCACAGUUGUUUACAGUUGAACAGUGGGGUACCCCUGAAAAAUUGCCAAGAGCUCAUACCUGCUUUAAUCGCUUGGAUUUGCCCCCGUAUGAUUCAUUUGAAGAUUUAUGGGAUAAACUUCUUCUAGCGAUUGAAAAUACUCAGGGCUUUGAUGGGGUUGAUUAAGCCACAGACAUAAAUUGUAACGGUCCAGUGCUGCAACUUCAUUUCAAGGGUUUACAGAUUUGAAUUUUCCAGGGACUACCAUUUUACUUAGUCACAUGAGUAUUCAAUCUUCAUAGUAUCACUUGUAAAAUAAGUAUUAAAAAUUCACUAACGUUUGAAAACGUAUUUUGCCAUUUCCACAGUUUUGUAUACUUUGAUAAUUACUACAAAACAUACAUUGGAUGGGCCAGUGCCAAGUAAGUCAACAGCUAAAAUGUUUUUAAACAGUUGCUUCUUCUUACAGUAUUUGACAGACUGUCCUGCAGUAAACUACUGAAGUAAGACUGUGAAGAAAUCUUUGCAGAGGAUGUAAAUUUGAAUUGCUGCUUUGAGAGAAAUGACUGAAAUUGUUAAUGAGUUAAAAAUAUGUACUUCAUGUAAUGAGAUAUCAUCCGUGCUGCUUCAGGCUAUUUGCUACAGACCUGCCCAAAGCACCUUAUAAUUCAGCAUAUUAGAUAAAACAUUGCAGAACAUCUGUUGGUGUUAUCAGCUAUCAGUUUGCAGAACGUUGACUUGCUUACAGGUUUUUUUAUUUUAUUAUUUCUGUUUCUAACUUGCUUUUGUUAAGACAAUGUAACAAAAUCGGGACUUUUUAUAAGACACAAGCAGCAUAAUUCUGAAUAGUAAUGAGAAAUUGUAUCUUUUUUUGUCAGAAUUUGUAUACAGUUGUUGGUUUAUUGAGUGUUCACUUUUUUUGAUAAAUUUGUAGUUCAACAAUGGAUAAUGUUUUCAAUUCAGCCUUUUUGCAACAAAUUAAUCUUAAAGCAAAAUUUGUAUGAGUAUCACAGAGUAUUAGUUACUGGUAGUUAGAGGCCUUUAUUAUCCAUUCUUGCAGUAUUGCACUAUGUAACAAUAAAGAACAUGUUUACAGGGUUUUCUGGGCCAAGUUCAGCAGUCUGAUGUGUGCAAACUUCUCAGAAACCUAGGGGAGUUUUGCACAUAUAACCAGGGGCAGAAUUUGGUUCUUUAAUAUGUUUACAGGUUAUGCUAAUUUCUAUAGCUGCAUUUUUAUAUUGUUUCUCCACUGUUAGUCUAGAAACCAAAUUUGUUAAUACAAUAUAACCAAAGUCAUAACCAACAAUGUGCAAUUUAUUGUAGAUCAACCUGUCAUAUAAAUAUUAGUUUGAUUUCUUUUGUAAAUGUGGGUAUUAUUUUGUAUUAAUAUUAAUGCUUUUUUGGUUUUUUUUGAGCAAGUGCUGGUUAAAAAGAUUAGUCAGCUUAAUGAUAAAAGAAAAAGAAUUGAUUGAUAUGCCCAGCUUGCUGUAAUUUGAAAUUUUUGUUACCAAUAUGAUCGGAGGAAAUGACAGCAUCUAGCUUUGGCUAGCAAGUUUCUGUUUAGUCAGUCUUCAGAAAUAUGCAAGAAGGUAUUGUAGCACAUCUCUCUAUGAAGAUAUGUAAAUUAUGUAACUUGUAAUGGGUCUUAAGGGAUAUUUAAAAUCCCAGUUUGUUUUAUUCUUUGACUAGGUUGCUAGGGCUGAGAAUACUACAUGUAAAUAAAGGUAAUUUAUACAGAUUUCCCAAAUCUAUAAGCAGUUUUGUAAAACACGAAUGAUAUAUCAGAAAAUCUGUAUAGAUUUGAAUGUAGCAGUAUUUGUUGCAUACAUUAAAGUAUAAAAUAAGAAUCCUGAAAGCAGUAAAUAAAAGUUUAUUCUGAUAAGUCGUGACUCAUUUAUUUGAAGUGCAAGUUGGUAAUCUUGAAAUA